AUGAACGACUCUAAGAGCCCAGAUUCCGUCAAAGAGGAAGGCGACCGGCCGAGCGGGGAAAUAGUUGGAGAAUGCGAGACCUACACCCCCGAGGAGGAGAAAGCAGUUCUGCGAAAGAUUGACAUGGUCAUUUUGCCAUUUAUGUGCUUUGUUUUCUUUUUACAGUACCUUGAUAAACAGAGUUUGAGCUAUGCCGCCGUGUUUGGCCUUAUGGAAGACCUGAACAUGACCAGUUCGCAAUACUCCUGGUCCAGCUCUAUAUUCUAUGUGGGUCAGCUCAUCUCGGAAUGGCCGUUUAUAUAUCUCAUGAGUCGACUUCCCUUAACCAGAUUUGUUGGUGUCACUGUAAGUAUAAUUUGGGGCAUUAUUUGUAUGUGUCUCGCAGCACCAAAGAACUUCGCCGGGUUUGCUGCCGUGAGAUUCUUGCUUGGAUUCAGUGAGGGGGCAGUAUCGCCUGCCUUUGUGACGAUUACUAGUAUCUGGUAUCGUAAAAAAGAGCAUGCUGCACGAACCGCAUUGUGGAUCACAAUGAAUGGCGUGGCUCAAGUCAUCGGCUGCCUGAUCAUGUACGGUAUAGGCAAGAAUACAUCCAUCUCUAUUCAGCCUUGGCGAGUUCUAUUCCUCAUUUGUGGUGCAAUGACCUUCUUGGCGGGCAUUGGGUUCUUCAUGCUGAUGCCAAAUGGGCCCAAUGAUGCGUGGUUUUUGAACGAGAGAGAGAAGAAGGUGUUAUCUAUGCGUCUUGCCGCUGAUCGUGAUGGCGGUGACAAGACAGCUUUCUCUAUACCACAGCUAAAGGAGACUUUACUGGACCCCAAAGCGUGGAUGGUAUUUUGGUUUGGUGUGCUUGUUACUAUGCAAUCUCCAGUUCUCACAUUCGCGUCGCUAGUGAUUGAGUCUAUCGGAUACUCAAAGCUGCAGACUUUGCUCUAUACCGCACCGUCUGGAGCUGUUCAGAUUGCCCUUUUAUGGAUUGGGACCGCACUUGUUUAUCUCUUUCCGCGUCAGAGAAAUUUGGUCAUUCUGGCCUUGAUUAUUCCGCCUUUCAUUGGAAAUAUCUUCCUGUUUAAGCUAACCGUGACCGCGGAAUGGGGGUUGAUCGUGGCAUCUUGGCUAGCCUCUUGUAUCACAGCAACCAUGUCCAUCCUAUUGUCGCUGUCGGCAUCCAAUGUGAAAGGUAACACCAAGCGCGCCAUCGUCAAUACCAUGUUUUUCAUUGGUUACUGCGCUGGCUGUAUAGGGAGCCCCCAGCUGUGGACAAAAUCACCCCGGUAUACCGAAGGUGUCAUCACCGCCAUCGUCACAUGGUGUUUGCUAUUUGUGGCUGUCAUCAUCUACCGCUUUCUGUGUGUGUGGGACAACAAUGCUCGUGAUACACAAGCUAGCUAUGGUAUUGAACUUCAUGAUGGAGAAGUUGAGCUUGAUGAGAACGGGCUGCCUAAGACCGAUUUGACGGAUAAGGAGGAUAGAAAUUUCCGCUAUGCCCUCUAA